AUAACAAUAUAUACUGGUAUUGAGAAGGGAUACGAGAAGUGGUUACUGGAGGGACCUGAUAGUGAUGACGGCAAGAUAAGUGAGAAGGAAGCUUCAAGUGAUGAAGAGUUUGAUCACUCAAUUGAUUUUGAGAACUACAAUGAUCCUGACAAAUAUUUAGUUCCAGAGGACUAUCUAAGAGACAUCAAGCCAGAGGAAAAUACUAUUGAGACCGAGGAGUUAGAGAAGAAAGAAGACAAUGAAGAGACAAAUAUGGAUGUUUGUGAAGAUAAGUUGACUUCAGGUGUAAAAAGUGAUAUCCAAGAAGACUCCCAAGAGUCUUCAAAUGAUCCUGCCGCCGAAACCCUAAUGGAUAAAAGAUCCUCUGCUAAAGAUAAAAAAUCUGGGAAACAACCUGAGGAGAAAUCCGCCAAGAAGAGAUCCGCCAAGAAGAGAUCCGCCAAGAAGGGAAAAGCUGACAGCGAGAUUAAUCCUGAAGUCCUUUUGGAUUAAUUUUGCAAAGAAACCCCUGAUUCGCCAAUGGUGGGUAAACCUGAAACAAAGAAUGGAAGUAGACAACUAGAUUGACCACUGACCAGGGAUCACACAAAAACAGAUUUUAAUAUAUUUUUACAAUUUACAUUUUCAGAUAUUUUUUGUAUUAUAUUAUGUGAAAUCAUUCGAUGAUAGGGAAAGCGUAAUGUUGAGAUGGAUGGAUAUAGUGUAAGUGAAGAAGCUCUAAGAAAUGUGGAAUCUUCUAUUAGACAAAAGCUUUAGCUUUCCAGGUUGUUGAGCUGUCUCAGUGGUACACUAAGAUUACCAGUGACUGCUCUGCGUCCUGUCUCCCUGGUACUAUCCUCUCAAGGAAUUCUUGGGUCCUCGUCUAGUCAACUAAACCUUGUAUCCUCAUCUACUAGUCUACCAACACUCAGAACAUCAUCAAAUCUUUUAAGUCAAUCUAGUCAGAUCAACCUAACAAGUCGGAUUAAUCUACCAAGUCAAAUCAACCUACAAAGUCGAAUUAACCUACCAAGUCAAAUCAACCUACCAAGUCAGAUCAACCUACCAAGUCAAAUCAACCUAUCUAGUCAAAUAAACCUACAAAAUCAGAUGAAUUCUGUCAGCCAAGAAAAAGAGAGGAAAGAGUCCGAGGUUUUGACCCUGUCUUCUGCAGGGGACGAAGUCUGAUACUACUCGGUUUCUACUGACCCGUACUCCAGUUUCCAAUCCACCUGUAGCAUCAUCUACACCAGGAGCCCCAGAUAUUAUCCGACAGCUAAACAUUGCUCGAUGCCAGGGUCUAGUUGUUCUACAGAGAUGAGGGGAUAAACAGAAAUAUUAUCUCUGUCGUUUAAACUGCUGUUUGAAAACACAAAAUGCUGAGAAGUGUACUGAUCCUAUACUUCCUAAAAACCCUGAGCGUACCCAUGUACCUGGUAACCCAUCAGAGAAAACACAGAGAUGGCCGAAAUCACGUCCAUACAGAAAGCAAUCCCGAAGACAUUAGUUGGAGGCGAAACUACGGGUUUAGUCAAUAAUAAUUAUAAAUUAUGAAAUUGUUGAACCUAAUUUAAAUAAUAAAAGUUCUCUAAUUA